UUAAUAGUCCGUUCGAUAAAAUCGUUUGGAAAGGCGGUGUAAAAGAACAGAUAAAAUGGAGCGAUAACGGAGAAGAUCCAUUGUUAAGUGAUCUAGAUGAUUUGACUAUUGAUUUGUAUUUUGCUAACAAUAAUGUAGCUUCUCCAACUCCUAAUAAUUAUGACAAAGAGUUUGAUAAUGGAUCUUCAAAUAAGAUCGCAAGUUCUGUAUUUGGAUUUGCUGGAAGUUUG